GUCAAAUGUCAAAUUGAAAAAAUAGAAUUUUGCCGAUGGGGUUUGUAGAAGUGCUUCCAUUUCAAUGAAAUGAUUCUUUUUCAAAUACUACAUUAUUAAUAGGUUUCUUGGCAUUACAAACUGUGAAUUACCGAAAUUGCCAUGUAUUCAGGAAGCGAUUCUAACGAGUCCCAAAAGUAUGCUCAGUCUCAGUGGCCGCUUAAUCCAGCAUCUUUUCAAAACGUACCGGGUGAACAAGUUGAUUGGGCAGUCUUAGCACAGCAAUGGAUUAUGAUGAAGGAGGCAGGUCCGCCUCCGAUGCCCACUGAACCCCCCGGAGUCUCUAGCAAGAAAAAACCUCACCGUGAAAAGGAACCAGAUUCAGGAAACGACAAAGAACCCCCGCCUCCACCUACGUGGAAUUCUAAUGAGACUGCUCCAGCACCAGGAACGGAAGCCUGGAAUUGGAAUAACCAAAACCAAUCGUGGAAUUGGAAUAAUAGUUGGACUUCUCCAGUUCCACCUCCGGCUCCUAGUAUUAGUGGAUUGAAAGCACCAUUGUUACCUACUCCUGUUAAUUCAUAUGCUGAGCCUCCUGAAACUAUUACUGAUAAUGCGGUACCUUUUGGCAGUAACGCUAAUUCUAAUAGUUCUCAUUACUGGAACAGCUCUUCAACUUCUUCAAAACACAUAAAACCACAUAACAAAAGGUACAGCAAAGUGAAUGUGCCUAUUAGACAAUCUGCAGCCCUUCCCCCUAUGCCAGUUUCAGCAGUUGAUCCAGUCACAUUAACUCCUGCAUCUUUGGAUACAGCUAAAAGAAAGCAAUUACCAGCCUGGAUCAGGGAAGGUUUGGAAAAAAUGGAGAAGGAGAAAUUAAAGCAAAUGGAAAAGCAGAAGGAGAAAGAAGAGAGGGAAACAUAUAUGGAACAAACUAAACAUUCUAAUAAAGAAACUAUGGAAAUUUUAAAAUCCACGAUGAAAGAAAGACAAAGAAGUAGAUUUGAAAGUGAUGGAGAAAACUCUGAUAAUGAAAACAAAGUUAAAAAAAAGAAUAAGUCUCCAGAACCAGUGCCAUUAACACAGGAGGAAUUGAUGUUGAAAGUGAGAAGGACAAUGACUGAAAUAUUACUAAAUGUGACAAAUCGCCAAAUAGAGGCAGUGUGUAAAGAGGAAUUGCAACGUUUUGUUAAAAAUCGCAAAGCUUCAGAAGCAGCCACAGCACCCAGCAGUGGUGCCACCAUUAGAGGUCGACUCGGACUGGGUAUGUACGGAGGAGACGAUUCUGGAAGUAGUUCAGAGGAUGAGAGAGAUAGAGGCAGUUACAGAGAUUCUGAUGAUGAGUUGAGGAAUUUAAUCAAGCGAAAAAUGAGCGAAUUUCAAAAGACCGAACGGGAGAUAGAAGAGAAAUUAGACGAAGCUGAAAGGCGGAAGGAAGGCAGCGCUAGCAGAUCACCAAGUCCGGAAUCCAACGAUAAUGAUUCACAGGUAGACGCUCGAAGUCAAGAUCGCAGAUAUUCCCAACACGAUAUGAGAGACGCGUCCCCCGUGUAUGAAAAACACAAAUCAAAAUCCAGUUCUUCAUCUUCGCAAGAAGAUAGCUCUUCUUCGGAUGAAUCGAAAAAUUCCUACAAAAGAUCAAAAAAGAGGUCGCCCACACCCGAAAGAAGACACUCACGAGUAGCUUCCUCUCGUUGGUCUAAGUCCCCUCCAUCGAGGAGAUCUACUAGACGGGACUCGAGUAGCCCGAUCAGAAGAGAUUCUAGAGGAUCAAGGAAGCAAUCGACGACGUCUUCUAAGCGAUCGAGGUCUAGAUCAUAUUCCAGAUCGCGCAGGUCUAGAUCGUCUUCGUACAGACGAUCAAAAAGAUCGAGAUCGCGAGACAAAUCGAGAAGAUCGAGAAGUUCGACUAGAAGCCGAUAUUCAAAAAGAUCACCUUCUAGUUCGAGAUCAGAUAGAAAGAGGAGGAGGCGCUCAAGGUCAGAUAGUAGCAGUAGGGGUAAGCGAUCUCACAGACAUUGAUCGACAAUCGAAUCCCAAAAGGUGUCAUGUGAGCACUGGGAAGUGCCUCUUCAGAAUGACAGUUCAAUGGUGAUAUUUAUGUAUAUUAUUAUAUAAAUUACAAGUGCACAUUUUAAUAAUUAGGUUUAAAGUAGUUUUUAGACUUCUUAAAAUUAUUGUAUAAUAUUAUGUCUUUUGUUAGAUUCGUAGGAAUCAAGUUUUACUAUUUAAACAAAACAUGUUGUCAAUGUUUGAUUCAAACAAAAGCAAAAUAGAUACAAAUGUUGAUUCCCAUCAAUAGGGAACUUGCACAUUUUUUUUAUUACAUAAUAAUAUUCAAUUUUGUUUAAAAAUGAUAUUUCCAAAAUUUCACGCUUUAAAAACUCAUAAUAUAGUUAAAGUAAUGAAGCUUAAAAUAGAACAAAACCUCGCAAUUUUUACAGAAUGGAUCGAUUUGCUUGAAAAUUUGAGAAUAAGUAGUGGGAGUAGUAGUCCAAGGAUCAAAAUCUAUAUCAUGCCGAAAGGCGCUUUUACCAUGGGGGUGGUUGCCACCCCAUCUGAAAUUUUGUAUUAUAUUUUAAUCACAAAAGUUGGUAAAAACGUUCAUUCUAAGAAAAAAACGUUCUAUACAUUUUUUUGAUAAAAUUGACAGUUUUCGAUUUAUUCGCUAUCGAAAGUGUUACGUUUUAUAUCUAAAAAAUCAAUGUUUUUAAUAAGUUUUCUGCUAAUAACUCCAAAAGUUUUCGUUUUAUCAAAACAACUUUACUUAACAAAAAUGUACCUUUCGAAAAAAUAAACAAAACCGUUUUUUUUUAAUUUUCUUUAGGACCAAUAGUAAUCAAGCUAUACUUUAUUAUAUGUUGGCUCUUCUUCGUCAAAUGCUAAAUAUUCUAGUUUCAAAGUCAAAAGUCGGGAAAACUGCAUUUUUCGAGGACAACUUGUUUAAACUAAUUUAAAGUACUU